CUCUCUGAGCAAAACCGUCUUGUCUCGCGUUUAAAAGGGUGGCGGGAAGCGCUGGGUUAUUUCUUAUUUCUUUAUCUCUACUCAGGGAGGUAACGGCUGAAAUUUUUUUUUUUUUUUUUUUUUUUAAAGAAAAGGAGCGAUAUGGUCAGGACGAAAGCCGACAGUGUCCCUGCGACCUACCGGAAAGCGGUCGCUGCUUCGGCGCCCAGGAAGUCACUUGGCGCCUCCAGUUCUGCCAAUUCAUCGAGCAGCAGCUCUCAAGCAGGCACCCCUGCCAAAAACAAAUAUGCUGGUGGAAACCCUGUGUGUCCACGUCCCACGCCAACGUGGCAGAAAGGCAUCGGGGACUUCUUUGGUGGCCCCGGCAGGAAGCCAGAGAAGGAGAACUUGCACCCUUCGUCUGAUGGGGAGGAGGCUGGGGGCAGUGGCGUGUCCAAUAUGCCCAGAAAAUCCAGACCACUCCCAGAAGAUGAGGAUGAAUAACACGUUUGAUCAAUGUAUUGAUGCUUGAAUUUUUAAUGUAAAUGUUUGUAAAUAAUUUAUACCAUUCAUUUUUGUAUAUAACUUUAAUAAACUGUCUU